GUCUCGCAUGUAUAUAAUUUCAAGAAAUUUCAAUAUAACACUUACGUCCGACGAUCCAACUGAAUUUUCCAACAGUUGCAUUUGAUUUUCCGGCGUGAAAACAUGUACACACACAACGUGUUCCGCUGUUCAUGUCGCUAAAACAUCGUAAUCCGUGUUUUUCAUAAAUAAAAGAAGAAAAAAAGAGAAAAACUUGUGUGUGUUUCACCUCCGAUUUAAAAUAAAGUAAUUGAUGAUACGGCGGGUGUUUCUUCACUCCAUAACAGCAUAUCGUGUGCAUGUUAAAUGUGAAAAGACGACGACUUAUAUGUUAGCGUAGAAACUGUGUGUUGACGUCGGAUGGAGUAACUUAAUAUUAUUAAAUUUGUGGACAUAAUUUUCGUUUCGUUUCCCAUUUUUCUUCGUUGUUUAUAUGGUUGAUUUUCCGGGACUAAAGUAACGUUGUCGUACAGAAGCAACAAUAUGCAUUGAGGUAAAUAACAGAACCAAUGUGCAAUAUAACUGGUCGUUGCAUGAGUUCAAAUAGAAAAAAUUGUGUGGUUUUAAUGGCAAAACAAACAAAACAAUUUUUUGUAAAAAAAAGAAAAGAAAAUUCAAUCGUGUGGGUCGGUCGAUGAAAAUUCUGUUUGACUGUGUAACUGGUAGAAUGCUUGCAUGUUAUUUUGUUUGUGAAUAAAUCACCUAUUUUCCAUUCACACACAGAGAGAGAGCGAGAAUAUUCUCCGGCAGUGAAGUAAAAAAACGAAAAAAUUAAAUUGAAGAAAAAAAGCAAAAAAUUUGUUUAUAGUGGAAUUAAACAGAUUUAUUGCGGGCAGUAAAUUGUUUGGAAAUUGGUGAACAUUUAGUAAGAAUUCACUUAGCAUCAAAACGUGUUUAUUAAAAUAUAAUUUCGAUGCAAGUUCUCUUUAUCCGCAAAAAAAUAAAUAAAUUUUUUUAAUAAAACUUUUAAAAAACGAUCGGUGUUUUAAGCAUUCCGGCCUGGUUGCGGUAUAUGAACACAUGAAUCAUUCACAAUAAAGAAAUGAGAUAAUUCAGCCAACCCGCUUCGUUAAUUUUCAACCAUGCACAUAUGUAUCGACUAUCGACAAUCGACACUCAGAUGCAGAACUAAAAUUAUGUUCGAUGCUUUUUAUAGAUGUGACAAAAAUUUACUCCUAUGCGUCAAUAGUUCGAAAUGUAAAACAUAAUUCAAACAUAAACAUUACCGGCUGAAUCGAUACAAAAUAAUGGAGUUGUUGACAUUUGCACGUGAUUCACAUCUAAUCGAUGGCAAUUCGACACAUUCAGCCCAAUUAACAGAUUCGUCAAACGCCGUCCCACUAGGCGAGAUACCACUGUUCGAAGGAUAUUCAUCCAGUUUAUUAACGUUCGCAUCAGCAACGUGCAUAGUUUUUAUAUUGGUUGGCUUGCCGGGUAACCUAAUAACCAUCAUUGCAUUGGCACGAUGCAAAAAGGUCCGCAAUGCCACCGCUGUAUUUAUCAUAAAUCUCUCGCUAUCCGAUUUACUGUUUUGUUGUUUCAAUUUGCCAUUGGCGGCAAGCACGUUUUGGAAUCGAAGAUGGAUCCAUAAAGAAUUUGUGUGCGAACUGUUUCCAUUAAUGCGAUACGGUUUAUUGGCUGUGUCAUUAUUUACAGUUUUGGCUAUUACAAUAAAUCGUUAUGUAAUGAUUGGACAUCCCCGGAUUUAUCCCAGAGUAUACCGCCGCAAAUAUCUAGGACUAAUGGUUGCAGCGACAUGGAUUGGGGCAUUCACUUCGUUAAUUCCAACAUGGCGGGGUGUCUAUGGAAAAUUCGGAUUGGAUCAGAAAAUUGGCUCGUGCUCAAUAUUAUUGGACAGUAAUCAAAAAUCUCCGAAAGAAUUUCUUUUUGCAAUGGCAUUCGUGGUGCCAUGCGUAUCGAUCAUUGUAUGCUAUGCCCGCAUAUUUUACAUUGUCCGCAAAACAGCAAUGCGUACACAUGAGAACGCACACGUUAUACCAGCUGGUUCCAUUCGAAUACAGGAGCCAGCCCAACAACAGAAAUCGAACAAUCGUCAGAACAAAACGAACCUAUUCACCGACGAAGCGAACAAGCAACUGUUGGAUGUCAAAACUAAUGAGAAUCGGGAUCUGUCCGUAUCCGACGAUCACAGUAAUAAUUAUGACGAAAAUCACAGCAAACGAAGAAAUAAGCUGGACACAAAUUCGGAAACCUCAUCGUCGAAUUUCUAUCCGCACGGGACAUGUGGGUCCAAAAUUUUACUGAAAUACAUCGAUUCCAGCAUGGACAGUGACCUACCGCCAUCAUUAACUGGACUGAGGUUGAACAGAGAUGAGGAAAUCAAAAACGAUCACAUCAAAGGUGUGGAGUUUGUCGAAAAUGACAUUAAUCAAAUGAAUGGUAAUUGUGAUACGGAACUGAAACGGAACCAUUUGAACGCAAAACAGGCCAUGUCACAAGAGGCCGAUUCUGCAAUGGAGGAAAGUAUUAGUUCCGUCGAUAAUAACCAGAUUUAUCACAUCAAAAGUGACAACUGCAAUCAACUGUUAUCUGUUCAGGUGGAGCCAUCGUCAAGUUCUGGCAUCGAUUUACCACUUGAUGAGGAAAGUCCUCCAAGUCGUCGUUUCACCAAAUCGUUUUCCGCAUCACUACGACGUUUGAAAAAAUCCAAAGACAAAACCGGCGCCCUUCGCAAACACUCAACCAUGAAUACGUCCGGCGCAUCGAUUCUUUAUGUCGGUCGGAUGACAGCCAAAGAUCGUCGUUUACUCAAAAUGAUUCUAGUGAUCUUCGUGUCGUUUCUAAUUUGCUACCUGCCCAUCACGAUUACCAAAAUAAUCAAACCCAUCGAGAAAUAUCAUUUCUGGAAUGUUAUCAGUUAUUUACUUAUCUACCUGACGACAUGCAUCAAUCCAAUCAUAUACGUGGUCAUGUCAUCCGAGUAUCGGCAAGCAUACUGGAAUUUGUUGAUGUGCAGAACGAAGAGCCGUGCGAACCAGCAAAAGGAAUUGGUGCAGAAGCAGGGUUCGCAACGGACAUGACAAAGUACAUUGUCAACGAGAACGUCAACACGGACGCUGACGAAGUGAUUUAAUUUAUACUAAGUGGUGCUCUUGGAAUAGAAGAGAGAGAGUGUAGAUGCAAUUUGCGUUGAUGAUGUCAAAGGCGAUCCCUUUUAUUAAAAAGAAUUCGCAGCUACAAACGGCAGCGUUUUUUAGUAAAAUUUAAAUUUAAACAAGACUGUCACGUGGAACUUCUCGUCACAAGUGGAGAAAUAAAAGAAAAAGAUAAAACAAAUUUUUCUUGUUCUAGCUAACUGACAAUUUUUAAUUUAC